AUGGGGUCAGCUGAUGUCGACAUCAUCACCGAACUCACCCAGUGGUACGAGGAAAGAUACAGCGAAAAGACCGAUAACGAUAUUCGCCUUGCCUACCUACUCUCGCCCGAGUGGGAAGCACUGGUAUACCCUCGCUUAGCCGCCUACGAUGACUUGGAAAAGAGGCGCCAGGCCGAAGGAGCUCCUCGACAGGAAUGGCAGGACGCGGUCGACCAGGACCGACGGUCGUUCUCACACCAUCAAAACAUGUACUUCAAGCCCAUCGAGCCUAGGCUCUGGCCGAUAUGUCCGCUGUGGGUUCAUCUCGCCAGAUACAAGGGACGGCCAGAUUUCGAUGCUCACCAGAGGCUACAUGGUUGGGCCUCUCUGCUCGACGACUGGGAGGAAAUACAGCGGCUUGUAAGGGAUGAAUCUGAGUUCUGCAACACACUGUCGCCCGCCCAGAGACGGUCAUUUGAUCUUCUCCAGUCAUGGUGGAAGGCGGCCUACUGCGAUGACGACCUCUUGAACGCUACGAUUGCACACCUGCAAAGCCGCCGGCCUUUCUGGACGAUAAACAACCCUUCCGCGGAUGAAAAUCUUUGUCUUGUCGCCAGUAGAGUCAAGACUGACACCUCCCUCUACCAUUCACACCUUUUCAGACUCUUUCUCCUGGAAUUCCAUCCGCAGUCUUGGGAGCCUUUUCUCUGCCAAGUCAAAUUAUUCAUGCUGCAGUCUGCGCGAUAUCGGUCUUCUUGUAUUGCGACAAUCCAAAAGCUUUCGUACCCAGUACUCCAUCCGAGCCGCUCCCUAGCGGAUGGGCAAGUUACAUAUCCCAUCGUGGUUCAGAAUGACGCGGAGCAUCAGACCAUAACUUCGGCACAGGCCAGCAUCAAUCCAUACUACCUAUGGGACAACAAGGGCCAAAAAACAGUGGCCGUCAAAGACCUACCCGAAUGCCCCCCAUACGUGUGCAUCAGCCACACAUGGGGUCGCUGGCGAACACGUACCGACACAACCGUUCCUGGAGUGCCGUGGCUGGUCCCAGAAAACACGCGGUACGAUGUACGCGAUCUUCCGGGGCAGCUCAAGGAACUAGGGUACCGAUUCAUCUGGUUUGAUCUCUUCUGCAUUCCUCAGGAUAGGAGCGAGAGGGCUGCCCUAGAGAUUGCAAGCCAAGCAUCCAUAUUCAAGGGCUCGAGCAAUUGUAUCGCCUGGAUCAACGACGUUGACUCCUGGCAUGGCGUAUUAGCCGCGUUAGACUGGAUGAGCCUCAGGUCACAGUCGCUCACGUCGACUCGAGAUACCAAUGCAAUCAAAGAAAGGAUGGCAGAAGUGACCCAAGCUGCCAAGGUGCCGAUGGAACUAUUAAAGAGAAAGCCCCGAGAUGAAACAGAAAACCUAGCCGACCUUGCUGAUGAUGUGACAGCAGGCGAGCCGACCUUUUGGAUGUCCUCAUUAUGGACUUUGCAAGAGUGUAUUCUCUGUCCCGAGAUCCAGCUUUACUCACGCACCUGGGCGAGACUGGAAGACAGAGGUGGUUCAGCAAUCUCGCUGAGAACGCUCAUGGUGUUUCUCAGAGAUACCCUACUUCACAACCGGCUAGAAGAACCCAUCGCAGCCCCCUUCAGCGAUCCUGUCAAACACGACUCGGAAGUUGCGAAUGAUCCUGGAAGGAAGCUCUAUCUCAAUGUCAGCAACUGGAAAUUUCCUAGGGCGGUAAGGGACCUCUACUAUCUUUGCAUGAUGACUCGACUCGACAAUGCCCUCACGAGCGGCUCGCCGACAACGAUCCUGACGAACGCCAACCUCCGGCAAUGUACGUCAAGCCGCGCUCCCGCCAUCAUGUCUGCCGUCGGCGUGACGGACUGGUACCUGGAAGGCAUGCAGGCGUCAAAGUCUGGCAAGGCCACGUCGCCGCAGCCCUUGGUCUUUGAGACCUAUCCCCUGGCCUUCCUACGCGAAGCCUCGCGCAAGUUUGGCGCAAUGUUCUACGAGAGCAUCGCCAACAACCUGUCUCGGAAGAGCACCACCCAAGAGCUACGGCGGGUCCUGCUCCGCAACGAGCGCGGCGGGACUAUGCUUCCCAUCUCCAGGUCCAAGGGCUGGUUCUCCAACAUUUCGGGAUCAUACGAGCACACCUACAUUGACCGCCGCGACCACGAGGCCGUGGCGGACUGGAUGGUCAACGAGGACGGCAGCGUGUCGAUGCCCUCGGCGGGCAUCGCCAUGACGUCGGAUGACGAGCCGGGAACGCGCAAACUUUCAGGGACCAUUAACUGUGUCCUCGCACAGACUGAUGCCGAGGGGAAGCUGGAGAUGUACACGUCAGUCGUCAAGGAUAUGCUGUCGACGCUCAAGGACUUGAGCUAUAGCUCUCGGCGUAUUUAUGCGGUCGCACUCUAUCAAGACAUGAGCUUUUUGCACGGCGUACUGCUGGAGAAGGUGCCGCUGUCUAUCUUUGGCAAGCACUAUCUCAAUAAGAUUGGGAGUUUUGUUUUGACAGACAUGUCUCUUCCUCCGACUUCCAAGGUCGACUGGAAGGUGUUGUAG